GUGCGUUCAGUUGUUGUUCUGCCCGCGCAUAGAACGGUUUUCGUGCUUGCUGAUCUGAGCUGACCGUGAAACGAAACGUGUUGUACGCGUAGAACCAGCUGUCAACGGCUUCUAUUUAGAUUAAACAUAAAUUUUCUAUUUAAUUAAGACCGAUUAAUAAUCUAAGUGUUGGUUACAGCCUGUGUGCUAUGUUGAAUAUAAAUUUGUCUGGUAACAUUAGCAAACAUGGGGUUGUGCAAUUGCUGUCAGAAUUAGACUGUUUUGUUACGAGCAGUUUAUGAUCUUCAGGUGUUUUGCCUGUUAAUUUGCUGUACAUUAGUUUUUAAAGGUGAACUUUAAGCUGUCAGGCAAUUGAAAUAGUUAAUUUUACCGUGAAAACACUUAAAUCAAGUGAAAAUGUCCAAAGUGUCUUUGAAUAACGUCCCUUCGAAUCCUCGUAUAAACAACCGACUGAGAACAUUUUCUAGGACGGAAAGUGAGACGUCAUGUGAAGAAGCAGCAAGACUGACAGCGGAAGGAGCAGCCGAUGCUGACGAUGACGAGGCCUACUUUGGUGAACUCCCCCCUCCCCCCGACGGGGGUUACGGCUGGGUCGUUGUAUUCGCCUCAUUUAUGUGCAACCUGGUAGUAGACGGAAUUGCGUAUACAUUUGGAAUUUUCCUACCAGAGUUAGUGACCUUUUUUGGUGUAGGAAAAGGGACUGUUGCGUUUGUCGGCAGCUUGCUGUCUGGAGUUUAUUUGGCUGCUGGUCCUGUAGUAUCAGCGUUAUGCAACAAGUACGGGUGCCGGGCAGUAUGCGUGGCAGGGUCCCUGGUGGCGGCCGUAGCCUUUGUCAUAUCCACGUUUAGCAAGAGUGUAACUGUUAUGAUGCUCACAUAUGGACUACUAGGAGGUAUAGGCUUUGGAAUGAUAUACCUACCUUCGGUCGUGGCUGUGGGGUACUACUUCGAGACGAGACGAUCUCUAGCGACAGGUAUCGCUGUUUGCGGGUCGGGGGUAGGAACUUUCAGUUUCGCGCCAUUGGCGAGUCUGCUUCUGCAAGAGUUUGGCUCUUGGCAGAAUGCGAAUCUGCUACUGGCAGGGCUCAUUCUGAACUGUGCUGUGUUUGGUGCUUUGAUGAGGCCUCUGGUGUACCCUAAGACAUCAGGCGAAAAACCUUUGCUACAACGCAUGGCAGAAGAGAAAAGACUGCAAAUGGAAAGGGGAUCAAUUGGCGGCUCGUAUUUCGUAGUACAAUUGCCAGACGGGACUAUGGAAAAGAGAUUAAAGGCACCAUUAAACAUAGACCCAGGAGUGCAUUCCUCAUUGAACUUGGAAGCAUUAGCGCGUGUGCCCACCGUCCCUAAUAUGCCCGGCCUGCCCACUGCACCUACGCUGCCCACUAUUACCGAAGCCGCUGUAGUCGACGACAGAGCUGAUAGGGAGAAAAAGAACGAGAACGGCACAGCACAUGUUGCAGCUCAACCACCACAGUCGCAACAAAUGUCUCGCAACGUGUCAUCUCCUGCCUUCAGCUCGCAAGCGCCCGGCCUGCCCAAGAACGGAUCGGUCCCGUUCUUCGAUAGACAGCGGAAACAUAGCACCGGCGAUAGGUCAGCUGAUAGACAGGCGUUAAUGCCCAAAAACGGAUCAGUUCCGACCUUCGACAGGCAAAGCAAAAUCGGCACCGGCGAUAAGCCAGCUGAUAGAUUCAAGCCGUCCUUAGCUGCAAUCAAAGCCACGUCCAAAACUUCCGUUAAUAGUCAAUACAGAAAUGAUGGUGACGGCGACAGCGUAAUGUUUACCUCAAAGAUCUCCGUCGCUGGUCCCAAAGAGCCUUCCCGUAUGGUGCGGCCUAUGUCUCGCAAGGACAUAUUCUACUCGGGCUCAGUGCUCAAUCUACCUCAGUACCAGAGUCAGAAGUCACUACAGGGAUAUCGUAAUUCGGUGCUAAGUCUGCCGCAGAGUCGACAGACCGGGGAUUUAGAACGAGCAGAACAAUACGACCUAUGCCCAUGCUUGGCGUUACCGAACUCGUUCAAGUCUGCUCUGGCCACAAUGUUGGAUGUCAGUCUGUUGAGAGACCCUGCCUUCAUGCUUAUUGGAGUAUCUAAUGUAUUCGGCAUGGCCGGGCUUUAUGUGCCGUUUGUUUACAUUGUGGACGCUGCUCAACGGAGUGGCGUAGAAGCCAACCAGGCAUCGUUCCUGCUGUCGAUAGUGGGUAUCACGAACACGAUCGGUCGUAUCGCCUGCGGCUGGAUCGCCGACUUCCCGUGGGUUGACUCUUUGUUGCUCAACAAUAUCUGCCUCGUUAUCGCUACGAUAGCUGUUGGGGUUACGCCUUUUUGUGUUUCUUACGCUAGCUUCAUAGUAGUUGCCAUUGCAUUCGGUAUUGCCAUAUCUGGCUAUAUCUCCCUCACUUCCAUAAUCCUCGUGGACCUGCUGGGGCUGGACAAGUUGACGAAUGCCUUCGGGUUGCUGAUCCUGUUUCGUGGCGCGGCGGCCAUGGUUGGCUCCCCCCUCGCCGGGGCGGUCUUCGACGCGACUAAGUCAUAUGAUGCCUCCUUCUAUAUGGCGGCCGCUUUCUUCCUCGCUUCCGCGCUCACUUCGUUUGCUGCGCCUUUGUUCCGCAGGAAACAUGAAGAAAUUCAGCACCCAAUAGACGUGCUGACCCCCAUAGAUGAGGACCUCGAAGAAGGCGACGAAGAAGACCCCGACGACACACCAAUAACAAUGGGCGCCCAUAUUGCCACGCGCCCUCCCGCCAUCACCGAGACCGCCGCCUCUCCCUCCGACCCUCCUUCUUAUGAUGAGGUCUCGCAGCGGGAAAGUGUGCUCUAGAUACGUCACUGUAAGGUACAUAGUUCUAUGAUUGCGGAAUAAUAAUCAAAGGAGUCUUAUAUAGUUGGUUUGAAUAGUUGGUAUACAUUUCUUAUGGAAGAAAAAAGCUCUCUCAACUUUUUUUAAAUGAAAUUGAGUUAUUUCAAACACGCAAAUUACACUUAAAUACGCGCAGUUUUGUUUUUAGAUACUUGGUAAUCUAUCAAAUCUUAGAUAAGAUUCUUCGAUUUUCUCGAACAGUAAACUCUUUUUCUGUAUAUUGCGUAACUAUAAUUUAUAUAUUUCCUAAUAUUAAUACAAAGACUUGAGAAACUUGGCUAAUUAAGACUUCUUAGGUUCAAACUACUAAAUUGUUAGUUGCGAAGAAUUACAAUGCUUUAAUAUGGAAGCAAAAAAGGAUGGAGUCGUCAAUCCUGUUUUAAUGUAGCCUUACUAGUACGGCGGCUUUGUCUUCCAAUUUGCCGCUUAUUGAUUAUCGAAUUUACAGUCGAUUUCAUUAAUAUCGAUUUCUUUGAAUGUAUAGGAUCAAAUGAAUUCGCUACGAAUUGCAUCCCAUGUGAGACGCCGAGUUAGCGCCAGUUUGAAAGGGACAAAUUUAUCGGAAUAAGCUCAGUACUAUAUAAUAUUUCAACCUGCUUCGACAAAUUCUAGCCUCGUUGUACUGCUAGAUUAGUCAUGCUGAAUUUGGGUAGUUAUUUUACACCUAAAAUUAGAAAUUAUGGUGUGAGGAAAGUGAUGCGAGUGUAUGACAUUUUAGUGCCUUGAUUAUAAUUUAAACGUGAUAGCGAAAUAACCGAAUAUAAGUAUUAUAAGUCAUUGAUGAUAUCGACUGUACAUCUUUACUACAAGCUAAGUCUUUACCACAACGUCAUUUAUAUCAAAUUACUGGAUCUCAUUCAUACUGACGGCGUUGCCUUUAAGACAACUUGUAAAUAAUAUAAUAGUGGUAGAACUGGACGGAAUAAUUAUUGUAUACUUGAAAUAAUGUAUAAAAUUUAACUCGGAGUAAUUGAAAGGAACUAAUUUUUUAGAACAUGAAUAUACAUGUGUAGAACAUUUAGCAGUUACCAUUUUAAAUAAUGAGGUAUAUAAUAAUUUAUGGCAAAUAAUAUUAUAUGUAAUUGCCCAGAAAUGACUGCCAGCAAUAUGUGUACAUAUUUAUUUUGCUUUGUAUUUAAUACCUGUUUAUUUAAACGUGCCAUAUAAAGGGGCACAUUCAAUGGUGAAUUUGCUGGACAACCGAGAGAGACGGAACCAAGGGAAGCAACGACAUCGUUGACGAAGAAAAAUUCGUGUAAUUAUUUAAAAAAGUAAUUUUAAUUACAUAGUUACAAGAUGUCACUAAUUGUCACUAGUGUCAAGUUGAACGAUGUGAGACGAAAUUAUAGACAUUACUGCCAUAAUAUUUCCAUCAUUAUAGUUACUUACGAUCACAAGACUUUUAUCCCAUUUUUUCGACUAACAUUCAAGACAGUUACAGUUUACUUAGUCUUGUUCAUCCAACAACACAAAAAAAAAAAAUUGUCAGUGAAUGGUACCGAUUAUUGUGUCAUCAUACCUUUGUCUUGUGGUGUUAACUACCAAAUCGGUAUACUUACUGCGAGCUGUAAUUUUUAACUAAGAAUUGAUACGAAUGUUUUAUUCUCAAAAACUCCAUAUAUCAGCAUAAUGUACUUAGGGAAACGUACUUAGACCCAAGUGAUUUAAAAAAAAUGUUUCGUUGGUGUUGUUUGCGUCCACGGAUUUUAUUUUCCUAUUUACGGGUGGUAGACUACAGCUGUGCCUGGUGACAAGCGAUGGAAGUCGUGGUCUGGCUUGAUAUCUGUGGUAUAGCCAUUAUGUUAAACUUACGGGCUGGUUGUAUGUUGCACUUAAAUGCUUGGUCGUGGAGAGUAGCGGCAUCCGAGCAACGGUUCUGAGCGAAUCGACUGUAGGUACUAAGGGCCCAAGUAGUACGAUAGCUAUUUAUGAAAGUUUGUUCCCUGACCUCGACUGAAUGCAAGGGAGCGACGACCAUAAAGGAACUAGGCGUGUUUGUACCGCCACACAACAAAUUAUUUGCGCAGAAUUUAUUUUCCGUGCAAUCUAUCGAGCUGUGCGAAUGGUAAUUCUGGAUUUCACGCUCAAGAUUGCUCGUGUUAGGAGAACUCUCGUCGCUUUGGCGACGCAUUUGCGUCAGCUGUUAGCGCCGAACCAUGGACAGCCUGGAAUUAAUUCAAUCAUGGUAUUACAAGAUAUAAAACCGCCCGCUCCUUUCCGUCGUAGAACGUUAAUUCCGCCGAAGCGUUUUCCUUCUACGUUCAUUAUGAUUUAUGAUACAGCAAAGGCCUGGAAGUCUUUGCCGGGUUCUGUAUUGCCCUAACAAUAUAACCUGAAUAUUUUUUUAUCAGAGCGAACUGGUACCUUUUAGGCGUGCAAUGUACCGUUCACGUUUACAUCUCCAUGUAUCGUCAGGUGAGAUGUACAAAUGUAAGUAAUCUUGCAAAAUUAGGAAAUGCUCGUUUAGCAAUCAUUGAUUUCAAGUAUUUGACAAUAAGUCUGACAAAGACUAUUAAGUACUUACUCGUUUAAAAAAUCGAUGUUUAUUGAUUUUACGUAUACCUUUUGUGUAAAUAGUAGAUAUUAGUUAAUGCACUUUUGUACAUACAUACACUGAAAUAGGUAGGGUGGUUCCAAUUACUAUCACGUCUUAAAAUAUUCCUGUUUUAAUCUUAACUUCUAUCUAUUUUUUUUGCACUGUAUUGAUUAAAAGUUCCGAAACGAUAAUGAGUAAAAAACAUUUACAAACAAAGAGUACUUACUUGUUGCCAAUUUCUCACAACAUUCUUUCUAUUAUUGUUGUAUAUACUCGUACGUACUUAUAUGAAUACAACUUAAUAUCAAUAAUUAUCACAACACAAAUUGAUGCUGUUUCUGAAUAAUCAAUCCUCCGUUUUACACGUACAAUUACCUAAUUUCCCUGGUCUAUAUGAUUACCGUAUUCCGCAAAAUAAACAUUUUCUAAUCUAUUAAAAUUAAGUAGUGUGCACUUUUCGAACAUACUUUUUAAUCUGAUAAUUAAGUGUCUUGGAAAUACCAUGUAGUAUGUCAUGCCUUUCCAAAAUUGCUAGGAUAAGUAACAAUUUUUCGAGCUUGGCUUUUUUCAUACUAUUCUUUGAGAGAGAUGUUUCUGGAACUGAUUUUACUGGACGAUGCACUUUAUAUUCACUUGAUAACGAUAUAUUGUGAUGAACGUUAUGGGGAUUUUUGUCUCUGAGAGGUAGUAGGCAUGUUAAGUACAAUAUGAACCGUAAAGGAAGUAAUUUAUAUAAAAUUAAAUUCAAUGUAUAUUUAGGAGUUUCUCAAUCUAUCGUGUGCCAUUGAAAGAACAACCUUCUGUAAAUAAGUGAUACUGAUAAGUAAAUAAGUAUUUUAAUGUAGACAAGAAGCAACGCAGUCAAUUUUCUGUGCAUCAUUUAAUACCAAAUAUUUUACUCAUAAUACAGGUGCAUCUUUAAUAAAUCCAGACAAACUUAAGAAGAUGAUUGUGACAAAAACAAACACUGCAAUAAAAAAGAAAUUGCGGUAUUUCUAAAAGGAGUUAGAAAUUGUUUUCACUUUACAUAUUCUCGCAAAAAUUGUUUGUUUUUAUGUGCACCGUUACAUUCUUAAUUUGUGUGAUGGUCGAAGAUACACCCUGUACUAUGGGUAUAAUCGAAACAAGUUGUACACUUGCCAUUCUUGUAGAAUGUAAAUAUUAUAACGCAGAGUAUAACACCGUAUAUUUUUGUCAUAUAUAUUUUUCUGUCAAUGAAUUGCAUAAUUUAGUUAUAAGUAAAUUUAGUCUAACUAAUGGAUGUAUAGAAACGUGAAGUGUAGAUUUAAAAGUAUUAUGUGAUAAUGAUGAUAAAACGGAAAAACUAUUAAAAAAUUUAAUUUUUUUGUUACAGCCUGUAACUUUAUAAUGAUGAAAUAAUCGUAUAUAAUCAAUGAGUUAAAGUAUUUACGAAUAUUUUCUUUAUAAGGUUUAAUAUAAACUGAGUUAUAAAUUGUAUAAAAUGUAUUAUUAUUGGAAAGAGUUAUUGUGUAAUGUUACUGUUGUUAUAGCUUUAUGUAAAAACCAAAAGUGUUAUUAUGUUUUUAAGAAAGAAUAAAUUAUAGGACUUAAAGUUGACAUGUAUUGAAGUUAUCGAGAGUAGUUUAAGCAUUGUAAAUAAUUUUAUAGUUGCGUUUGAGUUUUGCAUGUAACUUUUUAUUUUUUUUUUCAUUUAAUAAUCCAGUUUUGUAAUGUGCUUCAAUAGCUCAGUACUUAUAAGAAGUGUUUCAACCACAUUUUUAAUAUGUUUCUAACGUUAUUGUUAGAGUAAAAUAACAAUUGUGACAGUGUUUAAACACUCUCUUUGUACUCGAAAAAACUUAAUAUAUUUUGAACAAAAGUUCAGAGUAUAAUUAAAAAUAGUAAUUACUAAAUAUUGAAUGUAUCGACCUGACAAGCAAUGAAAUGUUCUAUAUAUAUCAACAAAUAAUAACAAAAUUCUCAAUUAAUGUAUUUUUUUAUUCAGUAUUGGUUUGAAGUAUUUUUUCUUUCGUUUUUAGAAUGUGUAUAAAGGUAAACAUGCGAUUGAAU